AUGGAUUCGCAGAAUUCUGUAGAAGCGUUAACGAUUGCACUGAUCGAUGCACUCUCGGAUAAGACUGAUAAAGUACGUGAUAGUGUGGCUAAAUCUAUAAUUGAUACAGGUAAAAAAUUACCACAACUUACAGUAAUACUUUGUACGAAUUAUCUUGAUAAACAUCAAAAAUUACCUGAAACACAUCGUGCUGCUAUCUUACAUGUUAUCGAAGGUAUUCUAAGUUAUCAACAGCAACAAGAAGGAGAAGUACCAUUUGAUAAUGAUACAUUUCAAUUACUUACUCGUGUUGCUAUCAAUGAAUUAAUAAUGCCAAAAGAAUUAGUUCCUUUAUGGCAACAAGCUGCUUCAGAUGUCCUAGUUGAGAUUGGUAAAUAUGAACCUGAUCUUGUUUGUGAAGCUCUUCUACCAAAUAUGAAAGCUGGUCAAUUGCCACAAUUUUUCGUACUACAAACAGUUGGUAGUCUUGCCGAAGCAAAUCCACGUGGUAUGGUUCAACAUCUUCGAACAAUGUUCUCUCGUAUAUUACCUGUGAUGGGUAUGGUUAAACAGGAAAAUUAUCGAUGGGUUUAUACAGCCGUAAUUUUUAAAUUUUGUUUGGCUUUAAUUGAUUUUCAAGCAAAUGGUGAUGAAACAAUACGUACAACAUUCGCACCACAACAAUUUGAAAAUGAUGCUUUUGCUGCUUAUGAAGUUUUUCUUACAUCAGCUUGGAUAGGUUCAAAAGAACUAAAAGUUAGAAAUAUCUGCGUACAAGCUGUUGGUCGUCUUAUUUAUUUGUUUUCUGCACCAAAAUUUACCGAACAAUUUCCACGUUUACUACAAAAUGUUCUUGGAUUUUAUCGAAAAAAUGUCGAUCAUUUAUAUGUUAGUGAAACAUUAAAUUCUGUUGUAUUUUUAGCAAAUCAAUGGAAUCUACCACAAUUAAAAGCUUCGAUGGAUAUAAUUUUAAAAGAAGUUUUAAAUGAAAUUCAAAUUAAUUAUGAAGCAUUUGAAAAUGGAAAUGAACAAGCUGUAAAAAAUCAAAAUGAAUUAUUAAGAAUAUUACAAAUACUUGGUAAACAUGCACCACAAACAAUAUGGCCAUGGUUAUUACAACGAAUGGAACAAGCAGGUUCAAAUGAUAAAUUACGUAUUGUAUUACUUGUUAUUUAUCGUCAUCUUGUCUAUGCAUUUGGUAAUGAUGCUCCAUCGACACCUUUUGAUUAUAAAUCAUUACUUGUAUCAAGUUUAAGACCAACAUUAAAUACAGCAACAUUAAAAAUAACAAAAUAUUUAUCACAAUUAAUUGUUGCAAUGGCAUGUCAUGGCUAUUUACAAUUAGAAGGAAGAACAUUUUUAAUUGAAUAUAUCAUUCGAAAUUGUACCUAUCCUAUAACAGCAAAUGAAGAUAGUAAAAUAGAUGUAUUAUCAUCACCUACAGCUGAUACUCGAAAGAUGUGUCGAAAUAUUUUAAAUGCUUUUAGUUCAACUAUUGAUGGAAUGGAUGAAGUCUUAUGGCCGUUAUUAAUGGAAUUUUUAGUUCCAGAAAAUUACACUGGUGCAUUUGGAAUUAUUUGUAAAGCAUUAGCACAAGCUGGUCAACAACAAAUAGCAGCAAAAAAAGAUACAUUCUGGGUUGAUUUUGAUGUUUUAGUUAAUUUACCAAAACCAAAUGAAAUUAUUACACGAUGUUUCGUUCUUCUUGGUGAACCACUUGCUGAAGAAACACGUGGUAUAUCAAUUCUUAAUUUUCUUCGUGUUGCUGUAACAGAACUUAAAACUGACUUACGUGAAUUAUGGGAAAAAGUUAUUCCACGAUUACUUCAAAGUUUAAAUAGUAAUGAUGAUGAUGAUGAAAAUAAAAAAUUUGAUUCAUCAAAUUGGCAAGAUCUUAUACUUAAAUUUCUUUCGAAAACACUUGAUGUUGUUGAACGUGAAGAUUGGAUUAGUGAUAUAGGUGCUUGUUUUGUUAAACAAUUACCUUUAUACACAAAAUUAGAACGUGAACGUGGUUUUGCUUAUAAAUGUAUUGGUAUUGUAUUACGUAAAUCAAAAAUAAAAGAAUUUGUUAGUCGUACACUUGAAUCAAUGACAACUGUGAUCAAUUUUCAACAUGAAAAUGAACGAAAUGGUUGGGCAGCUAUGUUUGGUUUAUGUUCAGCAACACAUCUCGAUAUAGUAUUACAAAGACUUGAAUUAUAUUUGAAAAUUACUGAUUCAAAAGGUUCGGGUUCAUCAUCAGGUGGAGGUGGUGGUUUGUUUGGUUUUCUUGGUUCAAAAACUGAUACAAGUUCUGAUUUAUCACGUGCAACAGCACUUCUAGCUUAUGCAUAUGUUUCAAUAUAUGCUCCACUUGAAUUAAUUGUUUCACGUUUAGAAACAAGUAUACUUACUAGUGCACUUAAAAUAGCUCGACAAAUAAGAGAAGAAACAGGAAAAUUAAUUGUUGCUAAAUCAUUUGUUAUUCUUGCACAAUCAAUGAAUAAAGAACAUUUAAAAACUGAUUUUGUUUUUGCAUCACGAAAUGAUCUUGUACAAGAAAUGGUGAAUUAUAUUGCACAAGAAACAAAUGUAAAAUUACAACCAUUAACAUUUAAUCAAUGUAUUAGAGCAUGUCAUGCAUUGAUUGUUCUUCAACCUGGACAAACACUUCCUGAAAAAUAUCAAUUAGCUCGAGCUGCUCUACAUUGGUACUGUUCGACUAAACUUGAUCUUUCAACAACUCAAAAAGAUGAAAUUUCUACAUCACUUAGUGCACUGAUCAUCGAAAUACUUAGUCUAGGAGAUUCACAUGAAACAUUUCCUAGUCUUGUUAAUCUUCUUGAACCCUUCUGUUUAUCUGUUCAAGGAAAUGAACGUGCUCGUGCAUUUGAUAUACUUAGUCAACUUAUUCAAUCAGAUGCUAUGAGUAAAUUGAAAGAACAGAAUUUAAUUGAUAUUGGGGGUGUUAUGGCUCUUUGCCUCAUGUAUUUAACUGAUACUGAAUCAACUGUUGAAUUAGCAACAAAUACAAGUCUUACUAGAUUAUUACGUCUUCAAACACAACUUGCAACAGGUAUCAUAGAAAAUUUAAAUGAUGAACAAAUCACUAAUGAACAAGAGAAAAUAGCAAAUGAUGAUACUAUACAAAGUUUAUCAGGCAAUCUUGAACCACGGUGUCUUGUGCCAUUUAUCGAAAAAGCUACUGAGAUCGUAGCCGAUGUACGGGCUGUAGGUUCAGUUGUGGUAUGCAAUGUAUUAUGUAAAAUAUUCGAUUCUCGACAUGGUGAAUUAGCUGAUCAAAUCGAUUAUAUCUUUGGUAUUAUGCUCAAUAAAUAUAAUCAAAUUACAAAUGAGGAUGUCUUACGAGCAUUACGAGCUGCUUUCAAACAACUUAGUUUAUCGUGUUCAACUCGUGUAUUCAGUACGUUAAUGAAUUUUGGUGUACCAUUUACUAAAAAUCUAAUAACUAUUAUUCAUGAUCUUGCUGAUAAUCGAGCAUUAACAGAAGCUGUUCUAGCACAAAUAAUGGAAUGUUGGUCACGUUCAUUACCUUAUGAAGAAAAAGAUUCACAACGAUAUGCUACUGCUCAACCACUUAUGGCUUUAUAUUUACUCAAUGAAUGGUUUCAAUCAGAACGUAUAUGUGAUCUAGGUGAAUAUGCUUUCCCACGUUUAUUUACUGCUCUCUUUAUACGUAUGGCUUCACAUGUUGACACAUUACCACCACAAAAUGUACCACCACUACGCCGUAUUACGCCACCCACUGGUAGUUCUCGACGUGAUUCAACAGCAAGUAAUGCUAGUAAUGUUACUACAGCUAGUACAUCAACAACAAAUACAAGUAGUGCAAAAAAGCCAACCUCUCGCGUGGGUUUCUUUGAUUCAAAAUCAUCUCGUAGUUCAACAAAAGCAUCAUCUACUGCAGAACAACAACAAACAAAUGCUGGUCCAUCAAAUAAUGAAUUGAAAAAGAUUGAACCAUGGCGUUUAUCAAAUGAUUGUAUGAUGCAUUUUCUAAAAGUUUAUAAUUGUCAAUCAGACGUUAAUAAUACAGUACCAUGGGAUAAAAUGGCAAAAUUUGAUACAGCUGAUUCAGCUCUUGAAGCUCUCGCUCAAGGUUUAUCACAUUGCAGUCAUGUAACUCAAAAACAAUUAAAUACUAUUAUUGAAUUACUUGGACAAGUACUUGAAGGUCCUUAUGAUACUCAACGUAUAUGUGUAUCAGCAUUUUUUGCUGAAUUUAUUCGAUGUAAUCCUGAUGAUAGUGAAGAUCAACGUUUUGUUCGUGAACUUAUUCGUUAUCUCUUGGGAAGACUAGUUGAUCAUAAUAUAUAUGUAAGAAAAUUUUGUUUACGUGGUCUUGGUUGGUGGCGACCAGUUCGUGAUAGUCAAGAAGACAAAGGCUUACCAACUACUAUUCUUGCAUCAUUAAUUUCUGGUUUGGAUGAUCGUGAGGAUAAAAAUGAUCUACUUACAUUAGAAGCAAUGUGUUCAUUAUCAAAUGUAAUUGCGGUUAUGAACGAAGAUGAAGUACGACCUAUUCUUAUGAAUGUUCUUCUACGUAUUCGACCUUGUUUCGAAAAAGAAGAAGCAAAAGUACGUUCAGCAGCAUUCACAUUAUUUGGUAAAAUGGCAUCUGUAUGUGAAGGAUUUUCACGUGAAGCAUUUGUUGAACAAAUAUUUUCAUCGUUAGUAACAUUAACACUUCAUUUAAAUGAUCCAGUUGAAUCCGUACGUGAAAGUUGUAAAACAUGUUUUCAAUCUAUAGCACCAUUACUUGAUCAACCCGUACUAAUGGAAUUAAUAAAAGACAAUCUUCAACCAAAAAUAUCUCUUCAAUACGCCGAAUUUAUAAGUGAUUUUUGCAAAAUUUUAGUUGAACAAUAUCCAUAUAAAGUCAAUUUUUUUAUUAUGAAUUCUAUAAUAUUUUUUAAAAAUCCUGUCCCAGAAUUACGUGCAAAUGCAGCAACUGUAGCUGGUUAUUUAAUAUUUAAUCUAACUGAAGAACAAAUCAAUGGUCUAUCAAAAGAACAUAUUUUAAAUGCUAUUAUCGUUCUAUUGAAAGAUCCAAAUUCAGAUGUACGUUGUCGAGUAGCCGAAGCAAUGCAUUUUAUGUAUAAAUUUUAA